GGCCGCGGAUCUUCUCUGUUCAUCCUUCUGGCGUCGUAAUCUGCGUCUUUUCCGUCCCUCCGAUGGCAACACGCUCAACGGCCCUGGUUGCCCCACUCGAUCUCCUGCUGCAGCACUAUGCUGUACACGCUGGCCUUGAGCAGCGUGAACACCAGGCUCGUCUUGCGCUCGAGCUCGCGCAGGCCGUCGAGGAUCUCGGUCGUGGGCUGCUUCGCCAUGGUGUCGAGAAUCGAUGCUAGCUGGAUACACGUAUUUGUUGUCAGUCACCACAGAAGGGCAGGGAAUUGGAUGAGAUGUUUUCGUGUCCCAGGGCUAGAUGGGAGAAGAAGCAAAAUAGAAGAAGAAGGAGGAGGAGGAGGAG